GGCCAGGCGGAGAAGCCUCAGGCGCACACGCUGAUGGACGCCUUUUACAAGAAAUUCGUGUCGGGGGCCUCCGUCUCAGAGAUGGGGCUCAUGGUGCGCCACUUCCGCCUCAAGAAAUGCUACAACGACGAGUACACUCGCGUCCAGUUCUCCAUCGCCGAUCAGAUGUGCAUCCCCCAGACCGAAUCAUCAGUAGAGAUCUGCCACAGCAAACUAGAGAUCGAGCAAGCCACUCUGCAGCUGAUGGAGACGAUGGGGGGCAAGGCGAAAUUCGGAGCAGCACCCCAAGGACACCUCGAGAGCUUGGCCCAGAAGUUGAUCGACAAAACCAAGGCGUCGAAGUCGACGGGCGCACGGGGCUCGAAGGGCGGAGGACGCAGGUGA